AUGAGAAUGCAAUUGGAACUUAGCAAGACUAAGUUUAUUGUUCGUAUUAUUAAUACAGAAGAUAGUAUUAAACUAGGUUAUAUUUGUGAAUCUGAUGUGGCUGUAAAAGUUUAUUUCUCUGCUUCAGAAGUUCCUGAAUUUUAG